UCGCCCCUUGCCAAUGUUUUGAUAUCUCACGCGUGAGGGUCGAAGCUCAGCUGUCAGGGCCGUCCUUGGGCCAUUAUAGUGUUUGCUAAUUCUAAGUUUACAGUCAUAAGCCUCCGUGGCACAGCUGGAGUCUCUCGUCGUGGGGUCACUGACGGUCUGCUGGGGUCACUGACGGUCUGCUGGGGUCAGGUGGUGUAUGACUAACCUCGACUGAAGUCAACAAUCUUGGCUGGUAACACACAACUGAUGAUCAGGAAACGAGUCGUACAGGAGUCAUGCAGAAUAUUACUAUCACACGCACAGCAAGGGAGAUGCUAAAGAGCCUCCACAGGCUCACAGCUGCUGAAGGAUGGAACUAUGGCCUUGACAACUUGCGAGCAAUCUACGAUUUCGACCCACUCGGCUCUUUUUGUGCAAUCGAUGAUAACAGUGAUAUGGUUGGUCACCUUAUUGGUGCUCAUGUCAAACCGGACCUUGUAAUGGGUGGAUUAUUCAUCGUACGCGAGGAUAUGCGUGGAAAGGGAAUAGGAAAGGCUCUGUUCGAAGAACGAUCAAAGUAUGUCGGCGAUGCCAACUUUGGCAUCAGUAUUGGAUCAACACGUCUUGUGAAACACAAGGAACUAUACACGGCACGACACUAUGCUUUCGAGAUUAUUGGCUAUGGUGGUAAGCGUGGGCCUCUGAUUAAAGCUCCUGAGAAGUACAAGAUUGUUCCAAUUUCCAGGGUUGACUUUGGAGAGCUUGCAAGAUAUGAUACCAAGAUCUGUCAUGGCAUGGAGCGCAGCCGCUUCCUCAACCGCUGGGCUGCAGGGCUUCAGUCUCGCUCUCUAGUCGCGCUCGACGGUAACACCAUCGUGGGUUACGCGACGCUGCGGCCAGCGGACCGCGGAUACCGCAUCGCACCGCUGUACGGCGACACGCCCGACGCGAUCGCUGCACUGUUCCAUGCGAUCACCGCGAAGCACACGGAGGAGGACGAUCAUGUGUUCAUGAACGUGCCGACGACGAACGACGGCAUGAUGCAGAUCGUCAGCGACCUUGGGUUGACCUCAGCGUACUCGCUAAAGCGCAUGUUCACGAAGGAGAUUCUCAUGCCGCCGCUGCAGAAGAUCGGAAGCCUGAUGACGAUGGAAGUGACGACCUGUUGAAGGUCGAGCGGCCAUGUUUAUUCUUCUGCGCACGUCGCAGAAUCGCGUUUUCUGAUUCGGGCGCUGCAUAUAUUCUUUAGCACAUGUGGGGUACAGACUGGCCACUCCAGUCUGUACUCGGUAGAAUCAGAUGUUUCUAUGCUGAGGAAAUGUCAGGACGUAUCAAUUUUGAUCAUACUAGAUGCAGUUCAUCCUGCUAAAAUCAAGUUAGGGAUGUUCAGUUAUGAUUCAUUGGAUUCUUGCAUAAACUCAAUCGUUCCAGUUGCCGAUAUACCUCAGGUUAUCAUGGUAUUAUGAAUUUAUCUUGAUUAUUCGGAAGAUCAAUUAUAAUGCUGAUCAAUCCUCCGUAUAUUAACAAAAUGCUUGGGAUAUAAAAAUAUAUAAAACGUGCCAGUCUUCUCGAUCUAGUUAUACCUAGUUGUAUACAGAAGUUUCCAUAGCUGUAUCAGUGAACAGCGCAUUGUUUGAAAGGUGUGUAUUAUGUAUUUUCUUAAUUAGUCUUUGAAUGGAACUAUGAAUUAUACAGUAUUAUAGUACAAUAUGAUAUACUUCUGUACACUUUCUUACUUCUCUGGUUAGUUUUUAACAACCGUCAGUGUAAUAGGGUACAACAACAAGUGCCGCAGUGCGACAGGGCUCAUCUGGUGUCUGGUGUUCUGCUGAUAAAUUCAUUUGUGCAUAGCAA